AUCAGUCGUCGCGCCGGGUCGAACGUACCCUGUCUGUCCGGUUGAACGACACAAAACGAUCGAACGAACGCCAGUGUGUGUAACGAACAAUUUUAUUUAUAAAAACAAUAUUAAUUAAUUACCCUGUAUAAAUCAUCUUAUUUGUUUGUGUAUUUAUGGUUUAAAGUGCAUAACGGUUUCAACGAAACCUGAUUUCAAACGAUCGGUACCUUUGGUACGGCUUUUGUUUAUUUGAUCAAGUGUGUGAUUAUGCUUUGAGCUUCUUACAAAUUCAAGAGGAUUUUUAUGUUUUUGACAACACAAAUGUGCUACAAUGCAGACAGCGAGAGAGUCAAGUCGACAAAAGCGAAGCAUCAAAAGACGCAACUCUAGAAAGAAAUCAUUAUCACCGUCAGAUUUAAAAUGCACACGUGGGGACCUGAAGUCAGACAGCAAAUCGAACGUCAACCGAUCAUUAUCCGAAGCGUCAGUAAAGAGACAUAGACGAAGUAACAUUCAGAGGACUUUAACCCAUCCGUUGUCGUACAUGGAUGAGAUAGACAAUGUUAAUAUUGAAGCGUUCAGUAGAAGUAAGGUGGAGGUCCCACCGGAGAGUGAUGAAUCGAAUUUACCUCCGACUAGUAGUGAUAGGGAUACGGAGGAUGAUGUGAGAGUGAUGGAUAUAAAAAGAGCGGUGCCUCAAAGGCCGCGGUGGGACUCCGGAAGUGAGAUGGAUUCACUUAUAUCCAUCGCAGUGAGGAAAGCCUCGGCACGGCGACGUCGAACGCCCGCAAACCCUGAUUGGGGCGUCCAGAGUGAGGCGGGCGAGGCGAGUGAGCCCGAGGCCGGUCGCAUGCGGCCCGAGGACUACCGCCUCGUGUUCCUCAGCUCGGAUUCGUCGUGUCGCGAGGACACCGAGGACUCUAGCUCCACCGCCUCCUCAGCCGCGCCCCCCGCGCCUGACGACUGCGAUUGGGACUACUUCGAGCCCGGUGCCGCGCCAGUGCCCGUGCCUCCAAGCGCGCCGCCACCGCGGCACGCGGCGCCGGCCUGUCCGCGCACCUGCUCGUGCGGUGCCGAGCCGCGCAUAGUGGCCGUUCCUGUGCCUGUGCCGGUGCCCGUGCCCGCUGCGCUGUGGCCGGCCCUGCUUGCUUUCCCCGGCCAGACCCCGCCCGCGCCCCACUGGAGCACUUACCCGGGGUUCCCGCCUCUCGAUGCCGCGGCGCUCGCGCGGCUCACCACGGCCGCCGCGGUCGCCGUCACCGCCGCCGCCAGCGCCGCCACCGCUUCCACGCUGCCGCUCGCCAACAAACUCGAGAUGACCGUCGAACGCACCGAUAAAGCCAUACAAUCGGAAACGUCACAAGCCCCCGACGCACCAGAUAACGCGAACGAUAACAACGAUAAGCCGGUCGAACGCACAAUCGAUUGCGAACCGUCAGACGACAUUAAGGUGAUCGCCGAGGAGGACCGUUUAUCUGUGUCACCGGAACCAGAGGAAGCCAUGCCGGGCCAUCUCGAGGCCGAAAACGCUUUCCCGUCUUCGAACGAGUCCGCCGACUCCAGUGACUCGGAGGGUGGUGUCGCCCGUUUGAGUUACGACUUCAGGAGCGGCGCACCUGAGGAGCCUGCUACGUCCGACGAGGAUUCUGACGAUUCAGGGGGCGGUGGGGGACAGUUCUCGCGCGUCUUUGUUGUCAAUCCCGCUGAUUCGUCGUCGGAUUUGGAAGACAAUGCGGACAGUAGCGGAAUUGAUUGCGACGAUUCUUAUGACAAAAAGUCUGAUAGUUUAGAAAUAAUCGGCUUGGAAGGCGUGCAGAAUGCAAAUAACUUAGAAGCAGACUUAAACGAUAAUGUACCGCAGGUCAAUGAAGCGAGUAAUAUUGUUUUAGUUGAAUCUAUAAGUUUUUCCAAUGAACAUUCCGAGAUUCCCUAUGGCAAUAACAGUGACGAGGAAAGUGGUGACGACGCCAGAAAUCGGUCCAAUUUUACAAAGUUUUGUAGUGACAAUAUGCUUCGUAGUGAAACGUGUGAAGAAUUCAACAGUUUUAAUGCCAGCUCCAGCACUAAUAUAGAUAAUUGUGAUUACAAGAACUGCGAUAAUAAUCAAAGUAGAAGUACCGUAUCGGAAAACUUGGAGUGCGAUUCGUUGGAUAAUAGUUUUAAUUCUGACAAUAGUAUAAAAGUAAAAGUUACGGUGAAAUUACAAGACGAAGUAUGCGACAACAAAACUUGUGGAAUUCAAAGCGAGCCACCUGUCGUUUUGCCGUCCCCUGAGCCCAAACCCGAUGAAUCAAAAUCGGCGGGCGUAGAAAAAAUAGACCUGUUCAAAGGAAUUGAACGAACUCUCAGUGAACUAUUGAAGAAAGAAUUAUUGGAGGAGCAAGGGGAGGAGAAAACACACGGUGCGCAACCGGCACGCGGCGUCACGGAGGGGAGCGCGGGCGCACCUGUACUCGCACCAGUAUGCCGCUCGCGCUCGCCCGGUGCGGACGGGUCCGCGCGCUUCACUAGCCGCGUUAUGAUAACGCACGACCGAGUCUCCGUAGUCACGUCAGACACGACGCGGCUCAUGCGGGACAUCACUGUGCACCACACCAACUCCCAAAACGUACUGGAACACGACGCCAGCGCAACAACCUCGCAAAACGAUACAAACGAACGAGUUUCUGACGACGAAUCUACGCAGCCUUCGGGCGGAGUGACUGUUGUUAGCAACGCGGACACUCUCUCGGCUGUCGUUUGCCUCGAGGAGGGGCUGGCAGACGAUGACUCGUGGGUCGAGGACGUCAGCCAUGACGAGGACGCUACCACUACCUCAGACAGCGAUUCUGGCGACGAAGCCUCACUUCCGACCCGAGGAGAAGACUUUGCCUACUGCAGACGUUCUUUAGACUUCACUUUACACACAAUCGUCGAAGAAAGCUGCGAGGAAAGCGAAGCGGAAAAUAAUACGAAGAAAUCUAGACCCAUAUCGGCCACUGAACUAGAAAAAUAUUUUUUCUUUGGUCUCGGUGACGGAAGAAACGUUCGCGAAGAUGACGACCAGGUUUCGGAAACGUCUAGUGUAUGUAGUGAAGGUGGUGAAUCGAUUGUGGACAGUGAACAACCGAAACGGAGUAACGACAAUGACGAACUCGUGUCGUCGCGUUUGGAAAAAUACUUCUUAUCCGGUUUCAUGGGCUUCAAUCAAGAGAGACGUGAUUCGGACGGGUCCGGCAGUGUUGGUAGUGAUAGUGAGGGUAAACAAAGCCCAGAACAGCGGCGAAAAAGGUUAGUGCGCGCUCGCGGUACGCCUCGAUCUCAUUCUUCUUCUUUGGAUAACUUACUAGCGGGCGACGAACCUUCUCAAGAUGCGCAGGAAGUGUCGGACGGAUCCAGCACGGAAACGGAAGAUAGACACGAGUCUCUAGAAAGGUUAGAUAUGCCAGGGGAAUCAAAAAGAAAGAAGCAAAGCAAAAAAACAAGAGGGUCCCCCGCAGAUGAAAGGCGACAGUCGAUGGAAUUUUCAGAAGAAGCCCGCGAUGACACAAGGUCUGUUUCGGAGGGCGAGGACGGCAGGUCCACGCCUCGACCCGAAUUCCCACCGCUCGGAUCUGAAUUAUCUGAAUCUAAAAAACAAACUAGUAGAGAUAGUGGUUUCGUGGGUAGCUGCGACGAUCUUCUCAGAAACGGCGAUUCGAGCGCUGACUUUACCCGAUCUCAUGAGCCUAAAACAGAGUUGGAAGAAAUCGUCGAAGAGAUGAGACCUGAUUUAGACGAACGUGUCGAACGCCCACCGUCCUCCCGUCCGCCGCCGAGUCCCUUGACGCGUAAAGAUAGCUUUAACAAUUGGUCAUCCGACGAAGAAACCAAUCUUAUGAUGACAAAGAUGAGACAGUUCUUUAAACAAAUGAUAAAUUCAGGAAACGUUAGGACGUCUACCCCUGCCUCGACGAAUUCGGAAAGCUCGAGACCACCGAAACCACCGCAACUUUUAUAUUUUGAAACUGAGUUGACUAGAUUAAUGAAAACGGUGCCCGGUAUUCGCGACGAAGAGGUUCGCGAAAUAGUUGAAUACUUAUCGAGUGAAGAUACCUGGAGCGAUUCCUACGACUCGUCCGACUAUGCGGGGUCCGACCUAGAGGGCACGUCGGCUAACAGGUCAGCAUUAAGAAAACAAAUAUCGGACAGCUGUCGGGAAAUAAUCGACGAGUUCGACCGGGGUAACGACGCUGGUUCGCUGGAGCGUGACGCGGUUGGGGCGUACCAGAAGUUGGCGGCUACAUUAGGACGUGCAGGGGAGGGGUCCCCACCCUUAUUCGGGAAAGUAAUGAGACAUAUAGGCGGGCGGCUGGUUGCAUUGAUGCAUGAAGUGUCGGGCGGCGCGUCCCCCAGUACGGAUGACGACAGUGCGUCAGAACCGGGUGCGUUGGCGAGGAGUCGAUCUCACGAUAUUCUAGAGGCGACAGCGAGCAGAGGAAGCGUGGCUAGCGACUGCGAAAGGUUUUCAUGGCGGGGUAGUUUCGAAUCUGCCUUGUUGGCCGCUGAUUCGCGAGGCACGUUGGGUGGGCCUAGUUGUGAGUCGCGGAGAUCACCAGCCGGGGCGGACUUGGCCGCACAGAAGUCACAUUCUAGAAGUUGUGGUGCCAUUGCGGGUAGCGAGGACAGGCUGUGGCGCGGCAGACGGCGGGCUUCUGCCCCCGACGCUGAGUCUGAAGAAGAAGAGCGUGCUGGUUCACUGCCGCGAUUACCUUCCAUCACGGGCACAAACACAGUACUGGCGGGGCCGGUGAAAUCAGCGAGGUACCGGGCGCCCGGGUUCCGCAGCGCGACGCGAGCGGCCUCCGCACCCGGCUUGCAUUUGCCCAGAAGGCGAAGACCAGCACCUACGCCACACCAACAGACGCCAGCCGCGCCUGCGUCAGCGCCCAGUCUACAGGAUGAGGUGUACCUAUCAGAUAAUGCGACGCUAUCUUCAGGUACGGCGACGCUACCUCGCCGGUCCAGCUCGCCACUACCUCACGACACUGACCGCUUCCCGAUCAACAGGAGUGGUCUACAGGCGCGGUCGGAGUCCAUGGCGUCUGUGUAUUCGGGUGCUGGUGAAGGCGCGCGCGGCGGUGUGGCUGUGCGCGGGGAGGUGCAAUUCUCGCUGCUCUACAACUACCGGCUGGGUGCGCUCGAGGUGGGCGUACGUCGCGCGCGAGACCUCGCGCCCGUCGACACCAAGCGCAACCGUUCUGAUCCUUACGUCAAGGUAUACUUGUUGCCAGACAAGUCAAAGACCGGCAAGCGCAAGACGAAGGUGAAGAAGAACACACUGAGCCCCGUGUUCGAAGAGACUCUGAGCUUCGUGCAGCCGCUGGCCGCGCUGUCCGCGCGGACACUGUGGCUGAGCGUGUGGCACGCCGACAUCUUCGGCCGCAACGACUUCCUCGGCGAGGUCACUCUGCCACUGGCCGACGUCGUCUUCGACGACCCCGCGCCCACGUGGUACAAGUUGCAUGAACGGACGGAACAAUUUGAGGAGCAGCAAGGCAGCCGCGGCGACCUAAUCAUCGGACUGAAGUUCGAGUGUGACGGACGCGGCAAGGGCACGCUGCACGUUCUCGUCAAGGAGGCCAAGAACCUCGUCGCCACUAAACCCAACGGACUCGCCGAUGUCUUCUGUAAAAGCUACCUGCUGCCGGAGCGCGGUCGGCUGGCGAAGCAGAAGACGGGCGUGUCGCGGCGCACGCUGAGCCCGCGCUGGGAGCACACGUUCACGUACCGCGGCCUCUCCCCCGCCGAGCUGGCCGGGCGCGCGCUCGAGCUCAGUCUGUGGGACAGAGACCGCCUCGCCUCCAACGACUUCAUGGGCGCCGUCAGACUCUCGCUCGGCACCGGUACAUAUAUGGGAGCGAGCGUGAACUGGAUGGACAGCGUGGGCAAGGAGGUGACCCUGUGGCAGACCAUGAUGCAGCGCCCCAACUUCUGGGUGGAAGGCUCCUUACCCCUCCGCCCGCAACUCAACAACUAGCCAACAUCGUACCUACUGCGAUACUCAUAUUGAACCAUUCCCAUUAUCAUUUCGGCGAAUUCAAGCGGUUGUUUGUUCGUUUGCCACAUUUUCAUAUAAAAAAUACAUUUCCUGGUCAUAGUAAGGUCAGACCAUUGUGCCAAUCUUUGAGCCAACGACUACAUCCAAGUGUCUACGACUGAUGUUACAUUUCUUCAAAAAAAUUCUACAUUACAUACACGAUGUUGUGUUUGUUCAUUAA